UGCAUGACAUACACGCGCUCUGCCCUUUCCUGCGCGUGCGUAGUGCGUGGAAAGUUCUUGCUCAAAAUGGCGUCUUUUCUGCAGCUAAAUCAUGUCGUAUCGUUGACUAGCCUUUUCACCCUUCCUGCAAAAUUGCAUGCAUUUAACAAAUUAACUCAUGUGUAAUAAUAAAGUGUAAAGUUUAAGUAACUGAUUGAUUGUAAAUUAAACCAGAGAAAGCCUAAGAUAUUGCAAAAUUAGGUGAUAUUACGACUGACGUUACUGCGAACCGAGGCCUCACAGAAAUCGAAAUCAAAAUGGCGGACCUGAAUGUGGACAGUCUGAAGCGCAAAUUUCAGGCGCUAAACAGCACACAGGACAGCAUCCAGACGCUUUCUUUGUGGAUAAUCCACCACAAGAAUCAUUACAGACAAAUAAUUGAGCUGUGGAUGGAACAUCUAAAGGAAGCUAAGGCCCCUAUGCGUCUGACCCUGUUCUACCUAGCCAACGACAUCAUCCAGAACAGCAAGCGCAAAGGAGCCACUGUUUUCCUAGACAGUUUUGCCGAGGUGUUGGAAGAGGCAGCCACAUUCUCUAGAGAAGAGAACAUUCGGGAGAAAGUGUUGAGAAUCUUCAAGAUCUGGGGAGAGAGGGCCAUCUACUCAGUGGAGUUUUGUGACAAGUUGCAAAAGGCAACAGUCUCUCAGAAGCCAGCCAAAGCCAAGCCAAGACCAGAUACAAAGCUGCUCGUGGACUUCAAUCAUGAAGACGUGCCAGAGGUGAUUGAGCAGCUGGCCAGGUUUGAAGGAGAAGUGGAACUCAAGUACAGACAGCUCGGUAUGCUCAACGUGGACGUGGCUAGCACAGAGACCAUCAUGCAACUGAAAGAUCGUGCUGGUGGGAAGCGUUUCUCUCAGCAGUUUGAGGAUUCAGCGGUCAAGCUGGAGGACUAUGUGACCUCGCUUACCAAAGAGGUGGAGCUGAGACGAAAGCUGUUCGACUUACUUCAGAAGAGCGAGAUCUUCUACGAAGCACAGUUUGGAGAGGCCAAAAUAGUCGCAAAUGCAUACAAGAAUUUCGGCAUGCGAGUAGCAAGCCUGAAGAAGAGACUGGAAGAACACAAGGCCUUGUUACCAGAUUCAUUCAGCCCCAUCCCUUCCCCAACGAUGGACGCUCCCUCACCUGGAGCCACUCCUCCCCGAGAUCCCAACUCCGACAGCAUAGAAGUAGAGGACAUGGAGCUAUCUGACGAAGAGGAAGAUCGCAAGGGGGGCACUAUCAUCGCAGCUCCAUCGAUGACCACCAGGAGAACAUCUCGCAUAGCAGCGCUCAGAAACAAGAUAGCGGCCACCACCACCACUUCAUCCACUUCCGGCAUCAGCCAUAUCAGCACAAUCACAGGUGCAGGUUCUCGAAGUGCUUUUAAUCAGCCCCUUCCGAGUUAUUCACCGUUCUCAAGCGAGUCUCCUCCAGCUGAUUACUCUCCUUCUGAGGAGUACCUGCCCAUCCCAACCUCAGCUGCAGCUCCAGGCUCCGCCCAUAACUCCACCAGCAUGAAAGAGGGAGGAGGAGAGAAUUACGGCCAAAUCAAGGAUCGUCUCCUUCAGGUCAUGCAAGAGCCCCCCAAGCUGCCAUCUUCAGUGAAACUCUUUGACUCUCCCGGGAGAACGGGAUCCAAAAGGUCCUCUGGUCUACCCCCUGUGACCAUCCCAUCCUACACUCCCUCUCCAAAGGCGUACGACCAGCAGGUUAGCCCUAUCGUAACUGUUCCCCCUGCUGUACCGGCACCUGUACCACCCCAGGGUGUGGUGGACGAGUAUGACCCCUUCAAAAAUGAGUACGCCACAAGUGCUCCACAGUUUUACACCCCUGUUAACAACCUUCCGGCCCAAACUAGGGCACCAUCUCGGCAGCCACCGUCACCACCAGAUGAUGAUGUGUACGAUCCGGAAAUGGUCGACUACCUUCUAGAAAUGCCUCUGGAAAAAAAGAAGAAGCCACAGUCAUCUUGCAUCAUACCUCUAGCAGGAGGAUUCCAGUCGCCCACAACAAAGCCCGAAGUCCAAAAGGGAGUUGAUGCAGUUGUCUACGGAAGCAACAAACCAUCAAGCGUCCCCCGUAGCAAGGAGAAGACAAGUCUCCCUUCAGUGCAGAGUAAAUCUGGCUUGAAAACGGCCAACAGCAAUAAACCUGGUGGCACUCCCCUCCGAGAUGAAUGCAGCACUCCACCCAGCCAACAAGACAGCCCGAUGCUGAAAGCAGCUACAAGCAACCCCAUCGAGUUCUUAACCAAGAUCAUCACAAGCUCCCGACAGUCCCCCGGUAAUAAAGCCCCUUCGUCCUCAUUCCUGAGCAGUCUCAGCUUGUUGACCCAAACCGUGCAAAGUGCUGCUCAAAAGGAGAAGUCAGAACAACUCUCGGGUGAUACACAGGGUGGAGAAUCAGCCAUUCUUGAGUCUCAGAAUCCUCCGGAAAGCCAAAGAAUUGAUAUCAACCAACAAGCUGUGAAGCAAAACAAUGUCAGCCCAUCAGGUCAGGCUCCUGUACCCUUUUCUAUUGGUGCUCUUGUCAGCAGUUUCAAAGAAGCAUCAAAUUCCAUUCCUGACCCUAACUUUACAACCGCUAUGGAUGCCAUGUCCGGAGCAGAUUACAGGCAGAUCACCCAGGCAGGCUUAGCCACAGGAAUUUCAAGGGAACCUCAUGAUACUACCCAAGCCAGAUCAACUGCAUCCAAUUUGAAGCAGAACCAUGCCAAUGCAGGCAGUCGGACUCCAAUGCCAUUCUCCAUCGGUGCGCUUGUCAGCAGUUUCCAUGAGGAAUCCAAGCCAACUCCUGCAACUGUGGUUUCCACACCUUCGCCAGUCAGUAAGAGUGCUCCGUUUGGGCCAGCUGUUUAUCAGAAGUCCAACAAAGUACCCCUGUGUCAGAUUAUGAAUACACCAGCCCCCAACACCCUUGCAGUUUCGGUGGCAACUGUCAGCUCAGCAGUUACAGCAAAACCCUCCGAGAUGAUGCCAGCUGCAUCAGCUGGUGCCAGCAUGUUGGAUGAUGAAACUGAUGCAAGUCAAUCACAUUCCCUCAUGGCUCGACUGAUGCAAAACAAGACAAAAGAGCAGCCAUUACUCAAUCCUGUCAUGUCAAAUGUCACACCUGGCCUUCAACCCCAACCUCCAAAUUUCCAAUCGCUUAUUUUGGAACCACCUCCACCACCACCCUUGCCACCUGAAGAGUCAAUGGACAGCAAUACAAGUAUACCACAUCCUCCCCCAGAAGACCCAAUGCAACCUGCAGGACCCCCAACCCCCGUUGGUCCACCUCCUCCCCUAGGAGGUCCUCCACAAAUGCCAAGUGAUCCACCUUUGCCCCCAAGUGGUCCACCCCCUCUGCCUCCAAGUGGUCCACCUCCUCCAAGUAGCCCACCCCCUCCCCCAAGUGGUCCACCCCCACCCCCAAUAUGUCAGCCCCCUACCCCUAGUGGUCCACCCCCAGUCAGUCAACCACCACCCCCAGUCAGUCAACCGCCACCCCCAAGUACUCCACCACCACCUUUGGUUGCUCCACCUCUUCCGCUAAGUGGUCCUCCCUUACCCCCAAGUGGCCCUACCCCACACCCUAGUGGCCCUCCUUCAUAUCCUAGUGGUCCUCCCCAACACCUUAUUAGCCCUCCACAACAACCUAGUGGCACUCCUUCACACCCUAGUGGCCCUCCUUCACACCCUAGUGGCCCUCCUCCAUACCCUAGUGGUCUUUCCCAACAACUUAGUGGCCCUCCCCCUAGGGCAUCCCAACCCCAGCAACAGGCGGACCAACCUCCCCCGCCACCUGCUCCACAGCGUUCUCUCAUUGGGCCUCCCCGAUUUUCUGGGGAAGUCCCCCCAACUGUAACUGGUCCUGCGACUCCUGUGCCUGUUCCUUCUCCCACCACCAGAAAUACAAUCCCCAGGAUGCAAAUUCGUGCACCACCCCCUCCCCCAGGGCCCCCACCUCCAAAUGCUAAGCGUGGUGGAAGCACACUCAUCCCGGCGGGUGCCGGGCCUCCAACACCCGUACCCCACAAUGUGCAACCUAGUGACACCCCACCAACCUCCCCUCAAGAGCUUGCAUCGAAUGCACAUGCAUCAGGUGUUACUGAGCACCAGCCAUCUCCACCAGCCUCUGCCACCGGACCUGUGAACCCUGAGCAGAAUCAUCCAGCAGACCCGCCACAACCCACAUCGCCCAUACCCGUAGUUGGCUCGGUCCCAACAAGGAGCAUUCCUGUCCUAGGCCAAUCAAAGUCUGCCAAGGAUAUGUGGGAAAAACCGCCUUUCCCAUCGCGAUCGCCAGGGGUAUCAACUCGCUAUACUGAAUUUCCAACACAGCCUACUGAAAAGAUUGAUUAUUCCCACAGCAGACCCAUCGAGACCCUGGAAAGGAAACGCAUGUCAUAUCAGGAAAGGUUCCAUGAGGAUAAAGCCCAAAGUGAGGUAUUCAGGAGGACAGAGCAGCGCUAUGACUCGGAAAGAGACAGAUACCCUUCCUUUCCCCACAGUAAUUCCAGUAGAGAUGGAGGCUUUGGCAUCGGAAGAGGAAGGAGAUACAGUGACACAGAUCGGUUAUACAGGCACGACCUCGAUCAAGAUCGGGGCCACGGGCACCACUACGAUCGGAGUCCCGGAAUGGACUUUAGGAGGAGUCAUGUGCUAGACACUGAUCUUGACUACGAGCAGGACCAUAGCAUGGGUCGCAGACAGGACUUUGACCGGCUUGGGGCUCAGGAACCAGCUGACACAGGAGGCAGCUACGAGCAGUCGCAUUUCAGGAGUACCAAGCAGCUGAUCGAGAAGGAACUGAGUGCGUUGGCAGGUGAUUUGCAACCAAGAGGAGCAGGGGCUGCCAUCUCAACAUUAGAGGGCCGGUCUGAAAGCGGAAGGCAUACGAGUGAUUAUGGCGGCCACAGAAGAGAUGAACCCCAAUUCUGGAGGGGAGCAACCAAGCAUGCGGGGCAACCUACCUGGGGACGACCCCCACCUCACUACAGAUACUGAACUUUGUUCAGAAAGUCAAUUUUUUAUCCAAGUUUUAUUUUAUAAAUUCCAUUAACUUUGUAUUCUGGACAAUAUGGUUGACCCUCACUGAAAAGAGGCCAAUUUGAACAAAAGAUUGCAAAACUAAUUAAGUCUGAAAUUCUUUUCAUUUUUUUUUUAAACAUCUGAAGUUUCAUUGUCAGCGAAACAAGCGCUAAUUAAUUUUCAAUUCAUGUGAGGAAACAUUUUGAUACUUUCUGGUACCACGUUUUUGUUCCAUUGAGUUUGGGAGUUGGGGAGAAGUGAGUAUUUUCAACUCAAGUUUUAGACUUUGUGUACUACUAUGUUUGCCUUAUCAACACUUUUAAUAAUUGAGGACAUACUGAUUUUUACAGAACAAUGUGGGUUUUUUUUUAAUUUCUAAGGCUACAAACAUGAGCAGUAUAAAGUUGUGUACAUGUACAUGCGUUUAAUAUACACAAUUUAUAUGUAUAAUUGGAAUAUUUGGAGGUUUACUUCAGUCUAGUCCACCCUCCCCCCCCCCCAAGAAAAAAAAGAAUUCCCUAUAUUUGCAAAAUUUUCCAUCCUAAUGACAUUUCGUGUUAAGAUUUCUCCAACUUGCACCCAUAAGAAACAAAGAACUGUUUUUCUAAAACUGAUCUUGAAUUUAGGUACUUGUACUUGCUGGUUUCAAAAUCAGGUUUGUCACACAUAAAAAAAACCUGAAUAAUA